UCGGCUCAUUCGUGUGGAUAGCUCUAGACAUAAUGGUUGUCAUUCUGUGCCUGCUCCUACUGCUACUUGCGACAGUUAGUGGUGAAAGUAUUCACGUCGAGGAACUAAAUAAUGUUUUGAAAUUGGAGCGCGAAUUGCUGCACAACUUUCGCAGCUAUGUGUCAGCGCUCGAAGAGAGAGUAAACACAAUGAAGGGCGCUAUUGAGGAGUACAGCUAUCUGAUAAAAUACGUCGAUAGACGCCCCGAUCUGUUUAUGACGAAUCCGAUAUUUGGCUUCCGGCUGAUGAAUCACAUUCGCUACGACUGGCAGCUGUGGCAGUCAGCGAUGAUGCUCCCGCUAGGCAGUCAGCAGAUUGAGAUGCAGCAGCGGCUCCUUGCGCUCGUACCCAAGGACGAAGCGCACACUCAAGCGGCGGAGAGUCUGCAGUCGCUGUUCAGGUUCUACAAUUAUAAGCCGGCUGCCUUCCUGAUGCACCGGAAGAAGUACUUGAGGUUAGGCCCCUGGGACUACUAUCACAUGGGGCGCGAGCUGUUCGAGCUGGGCCAAUACCACGAGGCACUGGAGUGGCUGGCCGUGGCCAGAGUCAACUACACCGCAUCGCCCCACAACGAGCUGCUGGGCGCCACGGACGAGCUGAUCAACUAUAUGCAGAGCAAGACGUUGAAGAAGCUGCGCCAGCAAAGUGAGUUGGCUGACGAGUCGCUGGACGAGCAACUGGAGCUGCUGACGGCGGGUCGCACUGGGUCGACGCCUGUCGAGGACGCCAGCGUACUGCAGCAACAGUGCAGAGGGAACUACGAAAGGGACUUGCAGUUGAUCUGCGAGCUGAACACUGAGUUCACGCCCUUCAUGCAGCUGGCGCCGCUGCGCAUGGAGGAGCUGCUGUACGAUCCCUUGGUGGUACUCAACAGGAACGGCAUUAGAGAGCGCGAGAUCGCGCACCUGGCGAACGCCUUCGAGCGCUGUCCGCCGAGCUCGAUGCUGACACGGAUUCCCGGCGUGAAGAUCUGCUCCAUUUCGAAUAAUUUCAGCCCGAUAUCAAUCAGAUUGAUGGAACGCUUGGUCGACAUGUCGGCAGCCAAACUACUCAUGGACAAAUUCUUUAUGCUCGAGUAUAGUCCACGUGAUGCAUUCAGGCUACAGGAUCUAUAUAAGUUCUUGGGUGUGAAAGAGAAUGUGGAUGGCACGGCCCUGUUUUUUCUGAACGAUAUGGCUAUGGGUGGAGCCAUUACCGUGGCUGGACAUGAGCUGGCCGCCUUUCCAAGUCGCGGCGAUGCAUUGGUAUUCUUCUUCGAAGACGAAUUUCGGAUCACCUUCUGUCCCAAUGUGGUGGGCAAGAGACUGGUUCUCAUUCAGUUCCUAACGCACGAAGAGUGA